CACAUAAAUCCGAUUUAUUCCGAUACAAAUCGGAUGUUUUUUAUCACUCGUCAUUCAAAUAUCAAGAUGGCGAUCCGAGCACUGUGCAUCUCCCUUAUCCUGGUUGCAUUCCUUUGUGCUACAAAAUGUGCGAAGCAGAAAAAAGCAAAAGAGAGCACAAAUAUCCAACUUGAACAGAAGAUACAAGCGUUAUCAGAGUUGAACAAUCGAAGGCCUGUCAUACGUAUGAAUGGUGACAAGUUCCGACAAUAUGUAAAAUCUUCUCCUAGAAAUUAUUCCAUUAUUAUCAUGCUUACUGCAUUAGCUCCACAAAGACAAUGUGGAAUUUGCAAGGAGGUCAAUGGUGAAUACCAGAUUUUAGCAAGCUCUUGGAAAUAUUCCAAUGGGUUUUCUGGAAAUAAAUUGUUUUUUGCUAUGGUUGAUUUUGAUGAAGGAUCUGAUAUUUUUCAAUCAUUGAAACUCAACUCAGCUCCUGUCAUAAUGCACUUUCCGGCACGAGGAAGACAAAGAAAGGGUGACACCUAUGACAUGAGCAGGACAGGUUUUGCUGCUGAACAAAUAGCUAGAUGGGUUCAUGAACGUACUGAUAUUACAAUUCGUGUAGUGCGUCCACCAAAUUACUUUAUGGCUAUUACUAUUGGUGUGCUGCUGGCUGGAAUUGGAGCACUGCUCUAUGUUAAAAGAAAAAGUAUUGAAGUCGUUUUUAAUAAGGAUUAUUGGGCAGUUAUUGCUGUUACGAUUGCAUUAAUUAUGAUUUCUGGUCAAAUGUGGAAUCACAUUAGAAGUCCACCCUACGCACAUCGAAAUCCACAAACAGGAGAAAUUGCUUACAUCCAUGGAAGUAGCGAUGGACAAUUAAUUGCUGAGACAUACAUUGUGUUUGGUCUUUAUGCUUGUAUCUGUAUUGGUUUUGUUUUCUUAAAUGAAAAAGCAAUGGAGCAAGACGACUUGAAGAAGAAGAGAAUUUUCACUGUGAUCGGCUUCAUUAUGAUCAUUGUGUUUUUUAGUUUAAUUUUAUCCAUCUUUAGAAAUAAAUACCAUGGAUAUCCUUAUAGCUUCCUGUUCAAGUGAAUUCCUGCAGAAAUAAAAAUCAGCGUAGAACAAGAUGUAUUUUUUACAAAUAUUAUUUGAAUGUUGUCGUAGAUCGGAUAUAGUAAAUGAAUGCUCCAUCUGGAUAUUUAUGCAGCAAAUUUUUCUUACGUAGAAUUUUUAUAGAUGAACAGAAUUGUUUAACACAUGUUGAAAUACAUUCUCAUUUGGAAA